AUGAGCAGGCCGAACACGUUGCAGCUCCUGCGUGUUGCUGUGUUGUGGUUCUACCUCUUCCUCCCCUCGCUGCUCUGUGACAACCUGCUUUGCUACUUCAGCCCCAUCCUGGAGAAGGAGAAGACAGUUGAGCUCAUUGUGACAGAGUGCCCUCCUGAUGAGCUGUGCUUCAAGGCAGAUGGUCGCUACGGAAACCACAGCGCCCUGUCGGCCAGGGGCUGCAUGGCGAAGAAGGACUGCAGCCAGGUGCACAGCAUCCGCCUCAAAGGAACCAUCUAUAGCAUGAGCUACAGCUGCUGUGACAGGCCGUACUGUAACUCCUGCCCGGGCGUCACAGCCAGGUCCUUCUACUUCACCAUAACACUGCUGACAGUAGGUGUGAUGGUCGGCAGCUUGUGA